CUUUUGUGGUAAAGACUUACAGCGCAUUGGCAACAUUAGCUCUGCUUCUAUUUAUAUCAUCUACGUGUGUGACACUGGGACAAAUAAACAAAUAGAUGCAGUUUUACCGAUUAAAUAAAGUGUACGGAAGGGAAAACUAUGAAGUUUCUUACGGCUGAACAGAAAUUGAAGUGUUAUUUAAAUGAAACAAAUAAAUUGCACUCCUUAAAUUUAUACUUUGUUGCAAAUAGUUAGCAGACUGUUUAUUUUUCUGUUUCGUCAAAUUACUAGACAUUGUUUAUAUGUACACAUAUGUAUGUAUAUACUAUAAAGUAGAAAAUCGAUAAAUGCUCUAGUCAAGUGCGGACGUUUGAAUUAGCUUGUUUGAUGGAAUAAAAUCAUAUACAUAAGUAUGUAAAUAUGCAUACGAAUUAGAUGCCUUAUUAUAUUCAGUAUGACCGAAUGUUGAGUUAUUGCUUGCUUAAAAACAAAAUCCUAUAUAGCACGAUUGAAUUUUAAAAUGCGCCUCGUUCGCAGUAAGUUACACAAACGUGAUGAAAUGUCUUCGCCGAUCACAAAAGAAAAAUCAACUAUGCUGCAUAUAAACUUUGAUCCACCUCGAUCCGACUUCAGUCACACUUACCAACAUGAACAACAUAUCUCAUCUAAUGAAACAGUUUCUAACGGUUUCUUUAUUGAGCACAAACAUGUUUCUUUUGUGAGAACCAGCGGAAUUACAAUGGCAAAUAUUAUGACUAAAGAAUUCACCUCAAUCAACAAUAAAUGGGUGUUUCCACCAAAAGCUCCUACGCCAAAUAUCUGCAAUCGUUCUGAUGAUGAGGCUUUAGACACUACCGACGAAAAACAUAGCUUAAAAGGUCUCCGGAAGCAAUUUAGUGGACGAUUUAAACGCUUUGUUGCCAAAAAAUCGGAAGAAACACCAACCAUUCCACCUGAACUUAAACCUCAACUGAAAACUAUUUACGUAUAUUGAAGCGGUUUGACUAGAUAGUGAAAAUUAUUAUACUGUAUAUACUAUGUAUAAGUAUAUGGAUACUAUCUUCUAAUUGUAAGCGCAUCUGUGUAUCUAAGAAUAUACUUGUAUAUGCAGGGAAAGCGAAUAUUUGUAUUUUUCGAAAAUAAGCGAAUUUAUUAUUAUUGUUUAAUUUUCACAAUUCUUUGAUGGUGACACAUUCGCAUAAAAUCAUGUAAUAAAUUUGAGAUCUUCUCCAUGUUUCCCGAGUAUGUGUUAUUUCUGACUGCUCUGAUAAAUAUUACAUUAAUAUUAUAUUACAUGAUGAAAAUUAAUGCAAGGUAUUACGCGUAAAAGCAUAAUAUGCUAAAUCUUUGAAAAAUAGGACCUAACUUUUUGAAUUUAGCUUCUUCACAAAUAUUACUCAUAUCAAAUGUAUGUAUGCAUAAAUAAAAAAAAGAGCAAAUAAAAUAAGUUAUACAAGUAAGGUGAAAGCUACUCUCAAGCCA